AUGAUAGAAAAUCUCGCUGCCAAGUUAUGUUUACUUUUACCGGAAAACGCGCAGUCAGCGGAACAAUGGAAAUUGUUGGGACAAGAAAAAGACGGAUCUCUGUUAGUUGGAUGGAUAGAGGAAACAGUAGAGAACAAUGUAUCCUCAUCAUAUACCGUUGUAGGCCACUACGACCGGAUUAAUGAUAAAUUGCAGGUGUUACACCGAUUCUCUGAAGUAUUCAACAUAGUACAAGCAACAAUAAAUCAAAGUCGUAAUGUUUUUGGGUAUGUGACCAAACAGAAAGUUUGUAUAGACAAAGAUACAGAAUGUAUGGAUGAGGUACAUGAAAGUAUAUCAGCUGAGGUAGAAAUGUACGAAGCAUAUGUGGCAGAAUUACAAGAAAAUGAGGUAAAAAUACAUAAUCUAGAUACGAAACGGUCUAGACAAGUACGCAUACAAUUUCUGUACAGAGAAAAGGAUGAUGAGCAGAUGGACAAAUUUCUGUUACUAAUUCAUCAAGAGUGCAUCAUAAUAUAUACUACAUUAUUUGAUGCAUCUGGAUCUGAUUUUCGAACAGUAAAAGAGUUGAAAUCUGAACCAUUAGUAAAAUCAUUUAUUUGGGCUCAAUGGGAUAUGAUCAAUCAGGUUUUAUAUCAUAUACAUCAUCGACGAAUUCCCGUGAGCGUAGUUUCCGAAGAUGAAGAAGAGAAGCAGAAUAAAUCUACGCGAACCAACCCGACACUCAGUGGUCUCCAAUUUCACGAUGAUUUGCCACACGAGACAGUACUGAACAUACCGUUGAACCUGCCUCAAUUGUCAACUUCAUCCAACUGUGGGACAUACGAGGACGAUGUAAUACCUUUAAGAGUUCACGAUUGUUCGUUAGAUCUUAUUGUGGUCUCUGACUCUAAAGGAAUGGUCUGUGUUUGCCACCAUUACUUGUAUCGUCCAGUAAAACCGCAGCAGCAUGUACUUAACUCAUUGAGCGAAUCUAAUACAGUGCACUUUGCAUACUCUGUAACGCUUCUUCAUCACAGCUGCGUGAUCCAUUGUGUUAUACCAGGUAUACCGUGGUCCCGAGCUAAGCUCAUAAGGCCAACGUUUGCGAUCUAUGAGCAUCAUUACAUGAUUGUCUUGGUGCAAGGUUUAUUCACUCAUCUUCUCGAGAUUGGAACGAAUCACGAGCCAUGUUGCCAUAUACUAUGUGGUCCCUUAACGACCAUACCAUCACGUUCUUCUUACUUGGUACCGUUGCUUGAAUUCGAGAGUAAUAAUAACAAAGGAGGCAAGAAGAAAUACGAUACAGCCUUUCAUGACGGAAACAACGCGUCUACAUAUCCUGUUACGAACAUACUAACUAUCGAUCUACCAACAUUAGAUUUAGUAGAACUAACCAUUCCCUCUGACUUCCUCGUUGAAGUGUACCGUAAAGAGACGUCGGCGGAAGUGCGGUUGGGAAUACUACAUUACUUUCUCUGUCAUAGAAAUGACAUGGAUAUCAUUUCCGAGUUAGUAUCCACGAUCGCAGAAAAACCAAGGUCAUUGGAAAUGGUACGAUAUAUGCAAGAAAUUCUUAUCGGUGGUUCUUAUUCCCUGGUACGGAAACAUUUGCUAGCAGACGCUGUGCCUCUGCUAGGAUUACUACCGGUUACAACUGUGGAAGAAUAUACGAGUUUCGAGAUCAAAGUGCAUGAUUUAAGUAUAACAUUGAGCCACGAGAAACUCUGGAACACGUCUGUUAUGUUGCUUUCACCCCAGCAGAGACUGAUCCCUUAUCGUAGUGAUUUGUGGAGUAGAUUGUGGGACCAACUCGGUAAAAAUAAUGGGGACAAGGCGAGAUUCAAGCCGAGCAAAGUUGCAAAGAAAUUGUUAGUUUCUUUGGCGUGUUACCAGCCCGAAGCACUGUCCAGAUCCAGUACUCCAAUGUCUCCAAGCGGAGGAUUGGUCGUGGCAACGGUAUCGCUUGGCGACAUAACAGGUGGUCGUAGUAAUAAACUACUGGACUCCAAUUUACCCUUCAACGAAACUGAAAGUUGUACAGCUUCGAAACAGGAACACGUUGUUUCGGUAAAUUUAAGGGAAUUAUCUAUGUAUCUAUUGAAACAUGGCACACAGACGUCUGUGACGCAUAUUCGAGGAUCCUGUACUCCACUACAUGUUCAUGCGAUGGCAACCAGACACGUUGCGGCACAAUUGGAAACAUCUAGAGCUCUUUGUCAAAUGCUUUGUCGAGCUGCAAGCGUCGAUCCACGUCUGGAACAGGAGCGUGGUUUCAUUCUGGUUGACCAGUUGGAUGAAGCAAGACGGUGGUUGUUGUUCAUAUUACUGGAACGGUAUAGGUGUGCAAUAGAAGGCAUAGCGUUUCCUGCCCCACAAGGAUUCACGUCGUUUUUUACAUACCUCGGAUACAGAACUCUGAAGUAUUCUAUGUUUUUACAGUACAUCCAACGUUCGGUAUUUGAGUUGCAAGUGGACGUCAGCAAAAUCAUUAUGGCUGAUAUCAGUGACACGAAGGAAAACGCCGUGCGUAAGUUAACAUUGUUAUCCUUGUUACCGAGAUCACGAGCUAAGAGACUCUUGAAUCAAUGGUUGCAUCCAGUGAGUUUCAUGAUACGAGCUCGCGAGCAUGCCGCUAAUAUAUUGUCCGGCGAAAUAUGCCAGAAUCGUGGUAGAACGUCGCAGCAUAAGAAUCAUCAUAAUGGUUUAGCUGCAUUUCCAUCUGCAGAUCGUUUAUCUCCAUUAGAUACCUUCCUCGAUUUACUUACAGCAAAAGCUAGUCUAGCCGAAUUAGACUUUGGUCUACUUAUAGAAGCUACCGUAACAUCUACAGAAGAUUUUUUAUAG